UUGUUCAACGAUGAUCCGUAGUGUUGCGAUUCAGUCUGUGCACGACCGGUCCUUAUGGAAUCUAUACUGUUGAUCCCGAAGCUAAUCGUCUACUGAACUUUUCAUUCGGUUCAGCAACACUCUGUUGAGAGUGUUUCCUGGUACAGAUAGUAGUGUGAUGUUUCUGUGGUUCCCUUAUGUACCGAGAUCUCCAUCCCUUGGUAUCUUGAUGAGGUAUUUCUUCCCCAAUCUGUCGUCACUUGCUCCUCCUCGUUCCAAAUAUUCUUAAAUGGAACGUGAAGCAUGUGUGCAGUUACUUCUACGUAUGACUUCCUUGCUUCGGCUGGUAUUUUGUCAGAGUCGGCUGCCUUUCCGCUCUUCAGUUGUCUGAUGACCAUCCUGAUUUCUCGGAUAAUUGAUGAAGUGAUGUCUACAGAAGAGUCUGUACGCACUGCUUCCAUAUCGGUGGAUUCAAUGGAGGUGGCCUUUACAAUAGUUCCUCAUAGUGUUCUACCCACUUGUUCAUUGUUUCAUAUAGUUGUCUCACAUUUCUUUCUCUUGCAACUUCUUUCGUUGUCGUUGCCAUGUCCUCCAUAUAUUUCUGCUUGUCAGAUUUAAUGGUCAUUUACAAUAACCACUAUAAAGCUGUUUCUCCACAGUACUUUUCGGCUAGUUUAGUUUAAUUUUUUGUCUAUU